AGUACGAUUUGACGGGUUGUUUGGUGAACACAUGCGUUCAAUUUCGAUGCCGUUGUUCGCGUCCUCGGAUCUCAGUUGGCUUUGCGUCGUGGUUGUUCGGGUGACGCUUUUUCCUCCAAUUCUCGUCAGAGAACCAUCGCCGUGGCCGAAUUAAACCCCACCGAGAUCUGCUUUUCCUAUACGUUGAAACGAAAGAGCCGAGUUGGGUGUAAAAGAGAAACAGUAACUUGAGAGGCGACGAUCGAGCUGUAGAACCCGCUUGGAAAAACGACGCACGGAGAGUGGGCAAAAAAGAAGGAAAAUUAUACGUCCACCAGAGCUUCGAGCAAGUCCCGAACCGAGCAGUCGCAGCCGGGUCCGAACGCGAGUUGAGUUUUUUUUUUCGAGUGCGGCGUUCAAUAAAAAUUUAUAUACUCCAUCAUAAUCGUUUAUCACACUCGGUGAGUGAAGGCAGUGAAAAUCGGAAGCAGCGGAAAAAAAAUCGGUCGGCGAUCAAGAGCAGGUCGAUCCAAGAAGGCCACGGCACACAUUUUCAGUUGUUUAUUUUUUCCGUAUAAUUUGGUUUUAUAGUUUUAGUUAUAUUGUUGCUAUCAAUAUCUAAUAACAUACGAAAGUCGAGAAACAAGUGUAAAAUCAUAACGAUCUAUUAAAAUAUUUAUAACACACAUGCUAGUGCUAAACGAAAGACAAAAGGAAGGUGAUGAGUGGGAUAAGGCGGUUAAAUACGCGUAAAUUUAACACAUCGCAAUAAUCAUAAACGAUAAAUUCAUAAUACGACUGUUGUGCUCCCACCGUGGUCGGUGUAAUGGCCGGAGGAAAACAUCGUUAAUCGAUCGUUUUAAAGAAGUAUAAACAAAUAAUUAGCCGAUUUUAAUAUUCACGUGUUGCCGCACGCGCCUCGACUAAGGAAAUUCGAGUAGAUUGAUCAGGUGUUGCGAUCAGCGUAGAUUCCGGUGACAAGGAACGCCAUAGAAAAGUUUACUGUUCGAGUGAGUGAUUGGGAUUUUGAAUAAAAGUGAUCACAUUGAAUGUUACUGUUUGACAUGACCUGAGGGCUGCAUAAGACGUGUGAAACUGAAUUGUUAAUGGUGUUGAUUGGGCUGACUGUGAUUGGUGAUUGGUUGAAAUAACCGCAAACGUAAGAACAAACAAGUUGAAACCGAACGAGUUAUGAUUAUUAAAAAAGAAAGUAAUGAUAAUCACUACUCGUCGCUCAGAGUUAGUGAUUUGCUCAUAAGGAAGAACAUACCCAACAUACUAGGACGAAGCGGAAUCCUGGCAAGUGCGGCUUACGGGUCGCACGCUGCUGCCGGGGCCUGGUGGGGGCAACACUCCCAUUCAGUGCACACAGCCGGUGCUGCCAUGUACGAGGACCCCACCGGAGGCCACACAGGUGUUGGAGGAAGGAGUCCACCGUCCCUACAGAAUACCACCCACAGCACAAACCAUAUCGUACAGCAGCAACAACAGCAGCAGGCCCAACAACAGGCCGCAGCACAACAGGCACAGCAACAACAGCAGCAGCAGGCACCCCCUCAGGUGCCACCCCAAGCCCCAUCCCAGCAGACUAAUUCCUCCAGCACUGGUCCACAGAACAGCUCGGUCGUGUCCUCCCAAACGCAGAUCGUGGCUCCUUCAACGGCCAGCGAAUCACCUGCCAGUGUGAGCUCACAACCUUCAGGCCCUAUUCAUAUACCAGCAAAACGUCCAGCGUUCGAAACGGAUUCGUCCCGCCUGAGGCACUCGUAUCCGUGGGGUUACGACUCGGGGGCCGACUCGGCCUACCAUCCGCAGUACCCGUACGGCCUGGGGGCCGACAUCAAGCCGAUGUACUACCCGGGCUACCCGACCGAUGCCAACUUUCAGCCACACCCCUACUACCCAAAGUACGAACCGGACGCGUACAUCGCCUCCACCGAGCGAUCCCGGGGCGUAACGGCGGAUGCACCUUCACUUCAAUCCAGCUACGAUACCUACAACACCCCCGGUCUGCGGCCGUACUCCAGCGAAACAUAUCCCAAUCCUGUAGGUUCGAGCAUUUCGGUGGGGGUAAGCGGAGUAGGAUCCUGUACGCCGUCCAAUCCGCUCGAGUGGACCGGCAACGUGACGGUGCGGAAGAAGCGAAAACCCUACUCCAAGUUCCAGACGCUCGAGCUGGAGAAAGAGUUCCUAUUCAAUGCCUACGUUUCCAAGCAGAAGCGAUGGGAGCUGGCCCGGAAUUUGAACCUGACUGAGCGGCAGGUGAAAAUAUGGUUCCAAAACCGGCGGAUGAAGAACAAGAAGAACUCCCAGCGGCAGCAGGCUCAGUCCAACAACAGCAGCAGUAGCAACUCGAGCCACAACCACGCCCAGCAGCAGUCCCAUCACAAUCCGCACCACCUGAACCUAGGUCUCGGAAUGCCCCUGCACGGGUCCAAGAUGCAUCAGUGACCCUUGGAGCACCCCCUCCAGGACGACACCAGUGGACAGCAGCUGAAGAUGGAAAUGUGUGACGUCCCGACUGCUCCGAUGUGCAGCCACAUUCCGCACCCGCAUCUGAUCAACUAUCACCACUAGAUUCCGGGUGAGGCGGAGGAUCGACCAUCGGAGCACCCCUUGAUAAUACGUAACAAAUGCGCUAAUUGGAUAAAUGAAAUGAAAUAAAACAAACCCAAGCAUCCAGGCCACCAGUACUAAAAAGCUUGUCCAGUGUGUGUCGUCGUUGUGCGAAAAGUGGAUUACUGAUAAAAAAUUAAACUAAUUCAAAGAAAAAAUCAUAUGACUUGUAAAUAGUACAAUUAAGUUAAAUCGAGUGAGGAAAGGAAGGGAACGCGAUUCUCUGUCCUUUUAGGGAACUGAUAUCUCUAAAAAAAUAAUCGGACGAAGAGAAAAACCAUAAGCCCAGUAAAGUUAGUGAAUAUCUAGGAUUUGACAAAAUUCAUUGAUUGAAAAAAAAACGUGGAAAAUCGUAAGAAAAGGAAAAUUUUAUUUCCUCGGUUAUAGGUUAACGUACAAGUUACAACAAAAAAAAAAAAAAAUAAGAAAAUCUCGUAGAAAUCAUGGAUCAAACAUUGUGAAAAUGGCAUGAAGGCAAAAAAGUAUGUGAUCAUUAUUUUAGUUGUGUAGUAUUCGUCGCCCUUCGCAUCACGGUGUUUCAGUUCCCCCCAUCCACCCAUCCAACCCAUAUUUCUCCCUCCGUUCCUCGUUCGUUCGCCACAGCUCUAGCGUGCACUUUCAGCUCCGGUUUUUGCUCAGUUUUUACCUUCGUUGGUUGGGGUUUGACAUCGAGAAGAAGCGUAUGCCCCCUCUGGGGGAGAGCGCGUCAGGUUUCGGUGUCGAGCGUUAGUUGAAAUUCUGUCGAUAAAAGAAACAAGCAGAAGACUCUUGUAUUAGUUUUAUAAUAUGAGUUACAAUUAGAGAUGUUUAUCGAAAAGUACGUUCACUCUGUCUCGCAUUUUUUUAGUUGUUGUUGGAUGCCUUAUUUUCACCUUCGUACCAGUGACGGUUUAGGACUAUAUUUAUUUCCCAGUUGCUGUUUAUGCCUGUUGCAAACACAAUAAUCAAACGCCCAUUUGUUGAUUUUUUGAACAGUCGGUGGAUCGCUUUUUAUUUGUUAGGUUGAUUUUAGGCAAACUAAACUGUGUUCCGUUGAAAAUCUAUUUUUGCUCACACAAUCACACACAAAUACAAGCUAGUGAUUAUUAUUUUCAGUUGAAGAAUAGAAAACCAAAAGAAUCAAAAUGAUCAUUGAUAACUGCCCUAGCGUUUCGUUUUCCUUUUUGCAAGUUGCAGUUGUUUUAAAGGUUUUUUUUUCUAUUCUUAUAUAAUUUUAGAAUGACUACCGGGAUGAUUGCAAAUCUUUUUACGUUGAAAAUAACGUAUGAUUAUUUAUGUAUUUUUAUUUGUACAUAUACAGUAAAAUCAACAAUUUUUGGAUCUAAGAUUGAUAGUUAAGUGAUAAGGAUACUAGUGCUAAAAUAAAGUAAAAUGUGUCUCCAGACGAUAGAAAAAUUGUAAAACACUGAGCAAGAGCAGACAUUCUAUUUCUUAAUAUAAAACAUCAAAACCAGUUUUGAAAUUAUAAAAUGUGCUCAAAUUUUCAUAAAGCAAAACAAACAUAACUUAAGUAAUGACAAUGAUAUUAAGAGCGAAAAAUCAUGUUUAACUAGACAAAACAAAAGUCAAGCAUAAUAUCGUACUGUGUAAAAUCCAGUUUCUAUCUACACCCAUUAGUGACGUUAUUCUCUAUUCUGCCACCAAAUAGAUUCAGUUUUCAAUCCGUACUAGAAAAUUGGACAUAGCGCCCAGUUAUUUCGACUAGAAAGAAACUUCUCAAACGAAUUUCAAACACUUUUAUACCUAUCGGAAAUAGAUGAGUCUUUUCCCCUUAGUUGAAAUCAACAGUUGGAUUAACUUAUCGGAACAAACCAACCGAAUCAUGUAAAUAGAACGUUUGUGCGAUAGCUAAAUCUCAGAAAACUCAAAGCUACCCAAUAAUUUCCUGCAAAUUGCGUGCAACAAAGGAUACAACAAAAACCAUAAAACAAUCUCUUCGAACGCCAUCCUAACGAGUUGGUGAACGUGCAAGUGAAUACAAAAAAAAACUAAUUGCUGAAUAAAUAAUAAACCAUGAUCAGAGAAUAACGCAAAUGUAAUGAAAGAACAUUUUAACUAUUGUAAUUUAAAAUUAAUUAGUUUUAAAAUAAUGACUUUAAAUAAACGUAUUAAUAUAUUAAA